CACUGAAUGAUUAAUUAAUGAUUAAAGUCGCUGAGCAACUAUUGACAUGGGAAUGAAUGUAGCCGUUGCAUCGUAAUCAGAAUAAUUCAGUUGACAGGACUACGAAAGUUUACUCAAUUUGAGUAGUUUUACAAGUUACAAGUUUCACAAAAGGUCAAGGGAAAAAAAUUACUAAAAAAAAUGGACUAAUGUUGAUCAUUUUCAAGUACAGCUCACAGGCGCUCUCUCACUCCUUAAUAGUUUAUUUCCUUUUGGUUUUCUGUGGCGCUUCUUUACUCGAAAUAUCUCCAGUACACUCAGCCGCUCACACUGCCAACUCUCAUCUGACGAUUUCAUACAUAAUCUUUUCUCCAUGAUCUAAAAUAAUUUGUGCCCUUUAUUUUCUCCUUUUUCCCUUUGUGUAAAGGGAGUUUGAGGAGGAACCAGAAACCAGAAGGAGGGUCUUUCUCAGAUCCCGUUCUUUUAGCAUAAAGUUCGCAUUUUUGGCUGCCAUUCUUUGGAUCUAUGGCUGAACCCAAGAGCUACAUUACGGCUGAUGAACUCAAGACCCACAAUAAAGUUGGGGAUCUUUGGAUCUCCAUUCAGGGCAAGGUUUAUGAUGUUUCUGAUUGGGUCAAGGAUCAUCCGGGUGGCCCGUUUCCUCUCUUGAAUCUUGCAGGCCAAGAUGUAACUGAUGCAUUUGUCGCAUUUCAUCCGGGUGCUGCUUGGAAGCAUCUUGAUAAAUUCUUCAAUGGGUUUUAUCUCAAGGAUUACACUGUCUCUGAGGUUUCCAAGGAUUACAGGAGGCUUGUCUAUGAAUUCAACAAAAUGGGCUUGUUUGAGAAGAAAGGACAUGUGGUUCUAUUGACUAUGUGCUUCAUGGCAUUGCUGUUUAGUGUGAGCGUUUAUGGUGUUCUGAGGAGUGAGAGUGUUUUGGUUCAUUUGAUUUGUGGUGGAUUGAUGGGUUUCCUGUGGAUUCAAAGUGGGUGGCUUGGGCAUGAUUCAGGACAUUAUCAGGUCAUGACCACUCGAGGCCUUAACAGAUGGGCACAGAUUCUGACUGGGAAUUGUCUUGCGGGAAUCAGCAUUGCUUGGUGGAAGUGGAACCACAAUGCUCAUCAUAUAGCUUGCAAUAGUCUUGAAUUCGACCCCGAUCUUCAACAUAUGCCUUUCUUUGCGGUAUCUCCUAAGUUUUUCAACUCACUCACAUCUUACUUUUAUGGGAGGAAGAUGUCUUUUGAUACCUUUUCUCGGUUCCUAAUUAGUCAUCAGCACUGGACCUUUUACCCUGUGAUGUGUUUUGCUAGGAUUAAUUUGUUUGCUCAGUCAUUCGCAUUGUUGUUGUCUAAGAGAAAUGUGCCUUACAGGGUUCAAGAGCUGUUGGGUGUACUUGUAUUUUGGACCUGGUAUCCCCUGCUAGUGUCCUGUUUACCUAGCUGGGGAGAAAGGAUAAUGUUUGUUGUUGCUAGUUUUGCGGUUACUGGAAUUCAGCAUGUUCAAUUUUGCUUGAACCAUUUCUCUACCAGUGUUUAUGUUGGCCCUCCUAGUGGAAAUGAUUGGUUUGAGAAGCAAACAAGUGGUACCCUUGACAUUUCCUGCUCUUCAUGGUUGGAUUGGUUUCAUGGUGGAUUGCAAUUUCAGACUGAGCAUCACUUGUUUCCAAAGUUGCCCAGAUGCCAGCUUAGGAAGAUCUCUCCAUUUGUGAAGGAGCUCUGCAAGAAGCAUAAUUUGCCUUACAACGUUGCAUCAUUUUGGGAAGCCAAUGUGAUGACUGUGAAGAUACUCAGAGAUGCUGCAUUGCAGGCUCGGGAUUUUACCAAGCCUAUUCCGAAGAAUUUAGUUUGGGAAGCUGUUAACACUCAUGGUUGAAAGCCCUCUUGAGUUUUGGGUGAUGAUUUCUCAUUUGACAUCUCAUGAUUGUGAUAUCAGGAAAAGAAAUGAGAAAAUAUUAUUGAUUACCCCUGAUAUUUUAUAAGCAUUAUGAUUGUAAUUCGAAGAAACAUUCUAUCGAUUCAUGUAUUGUUUGAUCAUUGUUAUAAAAAGGUUGCCUUCAGCCAACUUUUUGAGGCUUUUAUCUAUAUAUCUGGAUGCUGAAGGUAUCAGCUGAUAUUGGCUGUUGGUUUGAUCAUAAGAUCCUUGGCCUUGGGGACAACUCUGCAACUUAUAUGAGCUUCAUUAACUUUGCUCCAAGAUGCUUGUUGGUGACAGUUGCAAACCACAUAUCAGCAUUGUUGCCUCCCUUAGUUUGCUUUAUCUCUUAUGAAUAUUCCUAAAAUAUUUUAAUAAUACAGCAUUAACUAUAAGCAGAUGCCUGUACAAAGUGCUAAGCCAUCAUUUUCUGCAAUAAGAGUCAAAACUUAUUAUGUUUUUACAAUGAUUUCUAGACCGUCUUAUCGUGCUUAAAGGGAUCUUUACGCUGCU